AGCCCCCUGCUUUAAACUAUCCAGUCGAAGAACUUCAUCCACUGAGAUAUGAAGCCAGGCAACUUUCUCAUGGGCUUGGGGAAGAAAGGCAACCUGUGUACAUCAUUGACUUUGGGCUGUCCUAGAAGGACCAGGAUGCCCCCUCACCAGCAUCUCCCCUGCUGUGAAAACAAGAACCUCAUGGGCACAGCGCGCUAUGCCUCCAUCAACACGCAUCUUGGCAUCGGUGAGCCUCGUGGCCGGCCCUGGCACCAGUUCACACAUCUGCCAGGCUUCGAGGAUGGGGACUGGGCUUCACGGGCGCUACGUGUGGUCUGGGCCUGUGCUCUGACCAUCUCCCCUCUCUCCAGAGCAGUCUCGGAGGGAAGACCUGGCGUCCCUGGACUAUGAACUUCAAUCUGGGCUUCGUGCUCAGGCACUUAACCUAGGCUCCCUGCCCUGGCCAGGGCUGAAGGUUGCCACGAAGCGGCAUAAGUAUGAGAGGGUCAGAGAGAAGAAUAUGUAGAAGCCCAUCGAGGUGCUGUGUAAAGGCUACCCGUGUGAGCGUCCGCAGCCCCUGCCAGGGACCUUGGCACGCAGCAGCGGCCCAGGCCUGCAGGCGAGUUGGGGCGAAGCUAGUAA